AUGGGUUGUUCAAUCUUCGAGGCGGCCAAGCGUAUUCUACAACCGGUCACGUCCAUAGAGACGGUCACUGCUUCUGAAACCGAAAUCGAAGUCGAAACCGAAACCGUGACCGUGACCGAGGCUGCGCAAUCAGACACGAUGUCACCGUCUUCGCAGAGCCAGAGCACGACGCCGGCUCUCUAUGUGUCCUCCCCAGCCGAGCAGAGCUUACCCAUGGACGGACAGUCGCCCGCGAUGUUGAGCAGCCUCACAUCGACGACGACCAGCACGUUCUCGUCAUUGACCGGUGCUGCCCCAUCCACAACACUCAGCUCGACCUUGUCCACCACCCCAGCUCUUCUACAAUCGACGGUAUCGUCAUUGGCAGCUCCCUCUCCCACCACUACAGGCAGAUGUGUUCCCACACCUUUACCUCCGGCUGUCGAUCGCCAUGUCUUCACUCCGCUGGUGGAUCUGUCGCUGGAGCAGUCGUCGGCGAACACGGCGGCCGCUGCAACCGUGGACGACCCGCACGAUCUGAAUUCCGAGAACUGCGCGCCAUAUUCCGUCGUCUAUAUCCCCGGGCAAGCCUCCAAGUCGUGCGUGCACUUGACAGGAAUCUGGACGCCCUUGUACAGCAAUGUGUAUUAUGAAUGUGUGGCGAGAACCCGAGCCCCCAAUUUCGUCCCGGCGGCUUACCGUGACGGCGUGGCGGGACUCAACUUCACGGCAGCCGACUCCUCCUUCUCCAUGGUCAAUGCCCGGCAUUUUGGUCCGCGCCCGGAAAAGAAAUACCGAGAGUCCACCUUGACCUUGUUCGUCGCCGAGGAACAGACUUACACGGUCGACUUCUGGGCUUGUGGUGCUGGAACCAGUUUGAUCAUCGGAGAAUUGAGUUGCACCUACUAUGGUUGA